AUGCUCCGCAACAAAGUCAAUUGUUUGUCGGAUUCUUCAAGUGAGAUACACAUGCACGAUGUGGUUGAUAAUCUCCUGGCGAAGUUGGAGGCUUUGUGCAGGGAAUGUCGUUCAACCCGAACGGAUAACGCCCUAUCCGUCCUGUGUGAGGGUUUACGUUCUUUGUCGGCGCAUGUGCGGGCAAAAUGUAUGGAUGUGUUUGCCGCAUUGGGCCGUCCCAAGCUUUGGCUACUUGCCAACCAAAUUGGGGAUCUGGUUUUGUGGCAUACCGACGACAGUGAUGCUCGUGUGCGUGAACGUGCAUUCGACUGCCUUCGAAUAUGGUCAGUUUACGCGCCUGAGGAAAUCACCGAACCAAAACUCGUUGGCUCUUCUUCUCGGCCGGAACAGUCGCAAUGUCAGAAUUCGACAGCCCAAGAAAGGCUCGGUUGGAUGAAGACGAACUUAGAUUCUGUCUAUGCAUCAGCCUGUCGGGGUCUACUUGAUGCAGAGACUGUGGUGCGCCGUACCAGCUUGCUCUUAGUCGCUAGGCUGAGCACACUUUGGCCUCACUACGAGCUAACCGACCCUCUGGCCAUGGGUUUGCCAUUCCCUUCUGGCUCUUCUGAUCGUGUGGCUCUCGGUCAGUCCUCUUGCGGACCUAUUCUCAUGGCGGACGAUGCAUUUGCAAGGAUAUGUGUACGCCUUCAAGAUCCCGCAAGACAAGUCAGGCAGUUGGCAGUACAACUUUUGUCCGAACUGGCCAAUUCAGUUGCUUCCAGUUGUCUCAUUCAAACCCUGGAAAAAAUGGUCAUGACUGAUCGCCGGGUACGUCGUGCCAAAUCCGACGAGACUCCCAUGACUGCGAAGGUGGGCAAACGUGGAGCGAGCGAACCGGCUACUGGUUCGGGUAGCAUCAUGUCCACUGGACCAAGUGGAGCAAUUAUCAGUGGACUGGAGGAUGAUUAUUUCGAGGUUCGCUGUGCAACCUUGGCCACCGUCACACAUCUUGCCUCACUAAACACCGAAUUUGCCUCCGGUUGUCAAGAUCUUUUGGUGGACAUGUUAACUGAUGACAUUCAAGAGGUGCGCUUGGCCGCUGUUUGCGCUUUAGGAGCUGUGGGUGACCAGGUUCCCCUACAAAGUGAGCAAGUUGCUAUUAUCACAUCAGCAUUAGCAGAAAGCUCUGGUCGUAUACGGCGUCGCUUGCACCAGCUCUUGGCUCGAUGUCGUCUCUCUUCAGCACCUUGUUUGGUCAGUCUUCUGGAUGGUUUGUUACACAAUCUGAGGCGGUAUCCUCAGGACCGAGAUAGCCUCUGGCGUUGUGCAGCCUCUGUCGGCCGACGUCAUCCCGCAUUUGUUGAAACUUGUCUGUCCAGCUUGCUUCGAACUCAUUCUUGGUUGAGUGGUCCCGAACCCAAUUGGGAAGACCCAGCUUACCUAACUGUCCUGUUGCUCGUAUUGAACGCCGAACCAGGGGCUCCAGGAAUACCCGCAAAGUUUCCGCGCCACAUAUCGGCCACAAAAGUUUAUUUGCGUGAGUUGGUUCCAGGUCUUCUUCCUAAGCGGACUGCUCCUUCGAGCGAUGGCCCAGAUGACCGUGUAGUGCCUAUGAAGCGUCUUCGCUCAGACAGCGAUGGCUCUUGUGCCGGUUUAGAGAGCCUUUGUCGAUUUCUCCUUGAUCUGAUUUCUCGGAUAGUCAGAGUGUUGACCGACAUCCAAAGUAACCUGCCAAACACAACGACUGAUGAGGGCGAAGCCACAGAAACUCCGGGGAAGAAUGAAAUUAGACUAACUCAGAAAAGAUAUAUCUUCCUACAAAGGCGCCUCUCGUUGCUGACGCGCUUGGUGUUUACGGACUUGUGCCGUACGGUACGCUGCCUUGAUCGAACAGGGCAGCUGAACGGCCUUGUUGAGUGGAUGGUUCUUCUGUCCACAGCUGGAUGGUGCUUGAUAUCUUCACUUUUGGAUCCAUCGCCGUCUUCUUCAGUUACCAGUUCUGAUGUGGUCAAUGAAUCCUCAGAACGCAUUUCUGCACUGGAAGUCUGUCCGGGCUUGUCUGCUCCCCAGAGGCGCCGGAUAUCUAGUCUGUUGAAGAGAACCUUCAACAUGGUGCUCAAGGCGGAAUAUCUCUUUAUCGGGAAGACAAAAGAAGAACAGAAUUUGGUCUGUCAACUCUCCGAAACUGUUCUUUCCCUUAUCCGGAAAAUUUCAAUGGGUGGUCCGCCUGACUAUCAGUUAGUCACUCGUGGUCUUUCUGUACUAAUCCCAUUAUUCUCCGGUCUGAUCGCUGCAGAUAAAACGGAUUCUUCGGUACGUUCCCACUCUCUGCUCUUGCCCUCGAUGAAUCGUCUGUUCCCGGUAUAUGUUUCCCUCCUUCAACCCUCCUCCAUGGACAUCGCCUCGGAUACGGCCAGAUUACACGGACCGCAUCAUACAUUACCAGCGUUUCUUUCUGCCAAACUCAACGAUGAAGCAGAUGAAGGCAGCAUUUGGACAGUCCCCACACACAAUAGCCAAUCUGUUUCCAGCAAUAUUAUUCCAGAGAUACGGUUCACUGCCACGAUAGCCACCGCGUCUGUCCGAAUACGUGCCAUUAUCAUUGGGCUGAGUUUGGAGUCGGCCAGAGAGCACAUCUGUGUAUUGUUCCGGCGUCCAGAUGUGGCGCAUGUUCAGCACCGUGAACCGGUCAACCGCCACACCACUGCCUCAGGACUUCAUGAAUGGUGGCCCCCAGUUUCUUCUUGGCACUUACUAGACGAAGGACUGCCUUUGAGUUACGACGAAUUACAUCCUCACACCGAGGUAGUGGAGCGCGUCGAGUUGCGCGCUCACAUGGAACUAACUGCGGGACGUUGGUCUGAUGCUGGCACGGUCGAAAUAGGUUUGGGUUAUUAUCUGGAGAGAUCAGUUGCAUCCGGUCAACCGACAGAGGAUCAAGUUGUUUCAUCUGUUCCAGUUCAAGCUAAACAUCGUAUCAUUUUGCCCCUUACCCCAAUAUCGUUGUUCGCAAAGGUGCGCUUUGUUCCUUCUGCUCCGAUUCCGCAAUGGUAACAGCAUCCGGCUCACUGUACAGUUUUGUAUGAUAUUUCUGACUCUAAUUUCACAAGUGCCUGCCUCAGCACUGACAUUUUUUGUUGAAUU